GCAGUGACGAGUUUCUUUGCAGUCCACACGAACACCAUCAUGUUCUUAUCUCAUCUUAUGCCACGGCAUCUCUUCUUCGUUCUUCUUCUUCUUAGAUUUUCUUGUUCUAUUAUCUUACAGCACCUGCUCUUGGCCUCAUCUCCGCCGCAAGGCAUGUUUCCCACCCUCCUCAUUCUCAAUCAUAUUUCUCCUCUCAAUUACUAUUGUUAAUAUUAUACAUCAAAUAAGCUAAAUUUUGGAACUUUGACUAAUGACAAAGAAUGGGUAUGCAAUAUCUUAGGCCAAUUAUGUUUUUCUUUUGUGUUAGAGUCCUUAGCAUGCCAUUUUGGUCCAUGAUUACAUCUGCAUUAUGCUUUAAGAGAUAACAAGCUCUUGAAGACAUGAUUUUUAUGCUGCGUUAUUUAUUUGUUUAUUUUGCUGUGUCAGGUCACAUUUGGAAGUGAAGACAUACAUAACAUAUACAUAUAUAACAUAUUAUAUGUAUGUAUGGCAGCGUUGGGUGCACACUCAAUAUUGUUAUCGUAUCAAGAAGGCGCAGGCACUCCCAAUGUAUAUAUGAAAGCAGGCCUUACGGUUAGAAGUGAUUUAAGGUUUCAUAAAGCAAGAGGGUUUAAGCAUUCUCCUAAUGUGGUUGUGUUCAAAGUGUUGUCCAGUACCACAAAGCCAACACGCUUGCACUUGUUAAGACCUUGUCGCCAUUCUUCUAGUUUGGGAUUGCAACGCCACAAAGGGAAAGGAGAUUCUUCACCCCCUCCUACAAAGCAGAUAUUCAAAUUUGUGGUUGAUGGAAUGCUUGCUUUUCUUAAAGAUUGGAGUUACUUGGGCACCAUGGAAGUAGCUGGCAUAUUGGUAUUCGUUUUGAUGAUCAUUCCUUCAGCUGAUGCUGUAGAUGCUCUCAAAACUUGUACAUGUUUGCUGAAAGAAUGCAGGAUAGAACUGGCUAAGUGUCUUUCAAACCCUUCAUGUGCUGCUAAUAUUGCUUGUCUCCAAACUUGUAACAAUCGACCUGAUGAGACCGAAUGCCAAAUUAAAUGUGGGGACCUGUUUGAAAACACUGUGGUUGAUGAAUUCAAUGAGUGUGCAGUCUCAAGGAAGAAAUGUGUGCCUAAGAAAUCUGAUGUGGGAGAUUUUCCUGCUCCAAAUCCUGAUGUCCUUGUUCAAAGCUUUAACAUUGCAGAUUUCAGUGGCAAGUGGUUCAUCACUAGUGGCUUGAAUCCUACCUUCGAUACCUUUGAUUGUCAAUUACACGAAUUUCACACAGAAUCCAAUAAACUUGUGGGCAAUUUGUCUUGGAGAAUACGAACUCCAGAUGCUGGAUUUCUUACCAGAUCAGCUGUGCAGAGAUUUGUGCAAGAUCCUUCUUACCCCGGGAUCCUCUACAAUCAUGACAAUGAGUACCUUCACUAUCAAGAUGACUGGUAUAUUUUGUCAUCCAAGAUUGAGAAUAAACCAGAUGACUACGUAUUUGUGUACUACCGAGGCAGAAACGAUGCAUGGGAUGGUUAUGGAGGUGCUGUUGUGUACACAAGAAGUGCAGUUUUGCCUGAAUCUAUAGUUCCUGAACUUGAAAAAGCGGCAAAGAGUGUAGGAAGAGACUUCAGCAAGUUCAUCAGGACAGAUAACACUUGUGGGCCAGAACCUUCCCUGGUGGAGAGGCUGGAGAAAAAGGUAGAGGAAGGCGAGGAGACUAUUGUGAGAGAAGUUGAAGAGUUAGAAAAAGAGGUGGAAAGGGUGGAGAAGACAGAGGCCACCUUGUUUCAGAGGUUGGCAGAAGGGUUCAAAGUAUUUCAGGAAGAUGAGCAGAACUUCUUAAGAGAGCUUUCAAAAGAAGAAAUGGAGACACUUAACGGGCUCAAAAUGGAAGCCAGGGAAGUAGAAAAGCUCUUUGGACGUGCCCUGCCGAUAAGGAAACUAAGGUAAUGGCCUGUUUGAUUUCGCGUUAGAAUGCAUGUGGAUCCAUGUUUAUCAGAUGCUACUUAGUUGUAGCUUUUAUGUUGGAUACACGCUCUUAGACUUUCUAACGUGAUUCCAAACAAACCCAAAACCAUCUCCAAGAUAACUUGGCUUCAUAAUUUUGUUUGAUCAUCUUAAAUUCCUCUUUGCUCUUACAUUCAUUAACUAUGUCGCAUGGAUUCAGAUAUCUUUCCACCUUAACCAUUGUUUCUUUGUUGACAUAAUAAUAAUUGUUUAAAUAUUUGUAACUGUAUCUACCAUUACUGUAUAGAUUCAGAGUGUUCUAUAGGUUUAGACAUAAGAUGCUUGAGCUAAGCUAUUUUUAGUUGAAUUGGAAACUUCCACAGGAGGAAUGCUAUAUGAUAUCAGUGUUCCUUCUCAACUAAUAUAUAACCAUCAGUUGUAUUAGUCAUUGAAAUUGAAAGUAUUCACUAAUUUCUAUGGUAUUGAGGUAUUAGACCUUUCUACUUUGUAAUUUAAUAUUUUUGUUACUACGUUUUAUUCUAUAAUGUUUUAUGGAAUGAUGAAAAGUUUUCUGUUUAGAAAGACUUGUGAUGCAGUUGAUGAAACUUUUCUUUUUCUCUUUUCAUAUUUGGUAAGAUGCUACGUGUCUUCAAUGCAUGUAUACCAU